AUGUCACAUUCUGGUGCUGCUAUCUUUAAGAAGGUUUCUGGUAUCAUUACAAUUAACGAAGAUACAUCUCCUGCUGAGUUGACAUGGAGAUCUACUUCUGGGGACAAUACCCACCUAGUGGUUUUGGAUACUAUUGAUAAAUUACAGGCUACCCCAUCAACGAGUGAAAAAUUGAUGUUAAGAUUGAUUUCAAAAGUUGAUGAAACGAAAAAAAUUAAGGAUAACGAUGGUAAUGAAGUGACUCCUAAACCUAUAACACAUACUUUUUCAUUCAACAAUAGAACAGUUAUGGAUAACAUUAAGAUUACUUUACAAAAUAUUAUUACUAGAUAUAAAGAUGCAGAAAUAUACGAAGAAAAAACAAGAAAAGAAGCGGAAGCAGGGACACCUGUGUCAGCAAGUGCUACUCCUAGUGCUCCGUUGAUCAAUACUACUAAAUUAGAUGACUCUUUGUCCAGAGAAAAGUUAUUGAGUAAUUUUAAAUUACAACAAUCUUUAUUGAAAGAGAAUAAGAAUUUAAUGAGAACUUUCCAAGAAACUGUCAUUCAUUCUGGUCUACCUCCAGAUGAAUUUUGGUCUACUAGGGUUUCCUUAUUAAGAGCAUUUGCAUUGUCUACUUCUCAGAAAGUAGGUCCAUAUAAUGUUUUGUCUACUAUUAAACCUGUUGCAUCCUCAGAUAACAAAGUCCAUGUUAAUAUUUCCCGUGAUAAGAUUCUAAAUAUCUUUCAAAACUACCCGAUUGUAAAGAAAGCCUACACGGAUAACGUUCCAAAGAACUUUAAAGAACCAGAAUUUUGGGCAAGAUUCUUCUCAUCAAAACUUUUCCGUAAAUUGAGAGGUGAACGUAUUAUGCAUAAUGAUAGAGGUGAUGUUAUUAUUGAUAGAUAUUUGACUUUAGAUCAAGAAUAUGAUAGACAAGAUGAUGUUUCUUUAAUGCAUGAUGUUAGAAAGAUAAUCGAUAUUGAAGGUAAUGCGCAAGAUGACCCAGAAUUAUUGGGUAAUAGGCCUAAUUUUACAAUGCAGGCUGGUAGAGAUGUAAACGGUAAUAGUGAUGGUACUGUUGAUAUUUUGAGAGGUAUGAAUAGACUAAGUGAAAAGAUGAUGAGGUCACUAGAAAACGAAUAUUCUAGGUCAAAUUUAAGUAAUAAGGAUAUGGAUGAUGGUGAAAGAUCAAAUCUACAGAUUUCAGACUUACAUGCUACAUUUACCGAAGACUAUGCGACAAUUCAUUUGAAAAAUGAACCAGCACAGGAUUCUAAUCCGAAUACAGCAAAAAAUACCCAAAUAAAAGUCGAAAUUACAGAGGUUAAAGACGAUAUUGAUAAAGUUCUAAAUAAAGUUAUUGGUAAAAUUGACUUGACAAAUGUUAAGGCAAGUUUAGAAGCAGCAACUAAGAUCAAUCAAGAGAUUAAUACUGCUGUUAGAAUCAACGCUAAACAAGCUAAGCACAAUAACAUUGAUACCAUGCUUGGUGCCUUUAUCGGCAAUGGAUUAAAUGAUUCUGAAGCUAAAGCAGAAAUUCCGAUAGAACUUCUGGAUAGUUGUCGUUUAUUGCAUAGUACUUGUUGUGAAUUUUUGAAACAUUUCUACAUCCAUUUCCAAAGUGGCGAGCCAAAACAGGCAAGUACAGUUAAGAAGUUGUGUUCUAAUUUAAAAGAUUGUGAUUUUAAAAUUAAUGAGCUUUUAGAUGAUGUUCAUAAAGGUGAUGGUGAGAGUGUGGCUGCUUACUGUAAGGCAUAUUUAAGUCCUACAUUAGCUUCUAUUGCCUUGGCAAUUAAGAAGUAUGAUGAUAUAGCGGUUAAAAUAAAACAGGCAACCCCUCCUAACUGA